CCAGCCGGGCCCCCAUUGGCGGAGGGGCGGUAACGUGACCAGCGAGGCGGGCGGAGCCUGAGGUGCCGGUUGGAGCCGGUCCCUCGCGGGGCGAGCGUGCGGCAGGGAGGCUGGGCCCUGGGGGACGCGGACCGGCCAGGAGUUGUCAAGCAGAAAUUCCAACACCAGAGCUCCUAAGUGACUGGCAUUCAUCAGGGCCAGAAAGUACAUCCUGUUUCACUGGAAUAACAGAAGGGGGCCUUCUGAAAGACACUGGUUGAAAAGACUUGAUGCGUGUGCUCUUCUGGAAAAGAGAACCUACAGAAUUAGAGAGUCAUCUAAAAUGCUUGACAAGAAUGAAGAUAAAUACAAAGAUGGCAUGUCCAAGGAAUUUUAAAAGGUGUAGACCUCCUGAUUGAAGAUUGUUGUGUAUCGUAUUCUGUUUAACUAGUAAAUUGCUGCUGUCCUACAGGUGAAAGUCAUGAUUACGCUAACUGAACUCAGAUAUUUAGCAGACGCUCAGUCAUCCUACCAUAUAUUAAAACCAUGGUGGGAUGUCUUCUGGUAUUACCUCACCAUGAUUAUGCUGCUAGUUGCUGUACUGGCCGGGGCUCUCCAGCUCACUCAAACUAGAGUGUUGUGUUGUCUUCCUUGUAAGGUAGAAUUUGACAGUCAAUGUGCAGUGCCUUGGGAUUUGGUUAAAACCAACCUUAACGUGACCUCUAGCUCUGCCACACAAAUAAUUCUCCCUUUGAGAAUCCAGAAUGAUCUUCAUCGGCAGCAGUAUUCCUACAUUGACGCAGUGUGUUAUGAAAGACAGCUUCAUUGGUUUGCCAAAUUUUUCCCAUAUCUAGUGCUUCUGCAUACUUUCAUUUUUGCAGCUUGCAGUAACUUUUGGCUCUACUAUCCUAGCACAAGUUCAAGGCUUGAGCACUUUGUAGCCAUUCUUCACAAGUGUUUUGAUUCUCCAUGGACAACACGAGCCCUCUCAGAAACAGUUGCUGAGCAGUCUGUGAAGAGUCUGCCACUAUCCAAAUCCAAAAUAUUGCUUUCAUCACCUGGGAGUUCAACGGAUACAGAGGCAAGCAGGCAAUCUCUGCCGUAUGCACAGCCUGGUUUAGAAACAACUGGAAGAGAGAACUCUUCGAGUGUUCUAGACAAAAAAGAAGGGGAACAAGCUAAAGCUAUAUUUGAAAAAGUAAAAAGAUUCAGAGUACAUGUUGAAGAGAAGGAUGUCAUAUAUAGAGUGUACAUGAAACAGAUUAUAAUCAAAGUCAUUGUAUUUAUAAUAAUAAUGAUUUAUGUCUCCUAUUAUUUAACUUUUAUUACACUUGAAAUUGAUUGUGUAAUUGAUGUUCAAGCCUUUACAGGUUACAAAAGGUACCAAUGUGUUUAUACACUUGCAGAAAUUUUUAAAGUAUUAGCUUCAUUUUAUGUUGUUUUAAUGACCUUCUAUGGCCUGACCUGCACGUACAGUUUGUGGUGGAUGUUGAGAAGUUCACUUAAGCAAUAUUCUUUUGAGAAGUUAAGAGAGAAGAGUAAUUACAGUGAUAUCCCUGAUGUAAAGAAUGACUUUGCAUUUAUUCUUCACUUAGCAGAUCAGUAUGAUCCACUUUAUUCACAACGAUUCUCAAUAUUUCUAUCUGAUUUGAGUGAAAACAGACUGAAACAGAUAAAUCUUAACAAUCAAUGGUCAGUGGAAAAACUGAAAAGUAAAUUAAUACGAAAUUCCCAGGACAAGAUGGAACUUCAUCUUUUCAUGCUAACUGGUCUUCCAGACAAUGUCUUUGAACUGACUGAAAUAGAAGUUCUAAGCUUGGAACUCAUUCCUGAAGCCAAGCUUCCUUCAACAGUGACUCAGUUAGUCAAUCUCAAAGAAAUGAAUAUUUAUCAUUCAUCAUUAACUGUGGAUUACCCAGCACUAAACUUUCUAGAAGAAAAUCUGAAAACACUGCGUCUAAAAUCCAGUGAAAUUGGAAGGAUUCCACUUUGGGUCUUUCAUCUAAAAAACCUCAAGGAAUUAUGUUUAACAGGAUGUUUUAUGCUAGAUUACCACAACUCUGUAUACAAUGAAGGCUUUCAGGAUCUAAAGAAUCUGAGAACCAUUUACUUAAAGAACAGCCUUUCCCGUAUACCUCAGGUGGUUACAGACCUAUUGCCUUCACUGCAAAACUUAUCUAUCAAUAAUGAGGGAAAUAAACUGGUCGUACUAAAUAACCUGAAAAAGCUGGUAAACCUGAGAACCUUGGAGUUGAUCUCCUGUGAUUUAGAACGCAUUCCACAUUCUAUUUUUACCCUAAACAAUUUGUCUGAAAUAGACUUAAAAGAGAAUAAUCUCAGAACAGUGGAAGAAAUAAUGAGCUUUCAACAUCUCAAGAACCUAUCUUGCUUAAAAUUGUGGCACAACACCAUUUCAUAUGUCCCUGUGCAGAUCGGUGCAUUAUCAAACCUGGAACAACUGUACUUAAAUUACAAUAACAUUAAAAAUGUUCCACUGCAGCUAUUUCUUUGUAAAAAGCUACAUUAUUUGGAUCUUAGCUAUAACAAACUAACUUCUAUUCCGGAAGAAAUCAGUUAUUUGACAAAUCUGCAGUACUUCGCUCUGACAAAAAAUCAUGUAAGUAGAACUUUUACAUUACUUUAAGCUUUAUAAAUUCUGAUUUUUGUCUACCCUGUUUCUUCUUGAAGACUCUGUGGCCUGCUAGAACUCACCAGCUUUAUGGCAUUGUAAACCACAGGGAUGUGAAACCCAGUUAACUGAGAGGGGAAGUUUAUUUUGAUUGUUUGUUUGUUUAUUUAUUUUUAAAAACUGGUAAAUGCACGGUCUAAAUAAUCAGAUGGUUGACACAGAUGUUCUGUGUAAGUUGGCCUAGUCUAUAGUGACUGUUCAGUUGGGUUCAGCAGUGUUUUAUCUAACUUGAUUGUUCACAGCUGUGUUCAAAUAUUAUUAAAGUAUUUGUAGAGCAGACCAGGCCUCUGAGUACUCGGUGUACUGCAUGGAUGCAGUUCUGCCUGCCUUGCCAAAAGGAUUGUGGGGUUCUUAGGAGAUGCCAAAGGAAUGUCAUUUAUUAAGCAUAAUUCUUAAGAAGGAGCAUAAGUAGGAAAAACAAUCUGAUCAUACUAGCAAUUUGAUUUUUAGAUUUCCUUGAUGUUCUGUGAAGAAUUAAAUUUUUCAUCUAGUCCCAUUCAUAACCCGAGAUACACACAGCACUGUUUUCAUCUAAGUAUUGAAAGUAGACUUUCUUCUGACUGUAUCACUUUUAUAGCGUACAAAAUUGUCCUUUCCUUACUCUGAAUCUAUCUUUUGUUCAUUUAAAAGCAUUUUGAGGGUAAAAAGUGCAUUGGGUAACGAAAAUAUGCAGUUUCUGUAUAGGUUAACAAGCUUUAAUUGGCAUGUCCUCCUUCCUCUUUGUAGAUUGAGAUACUGCCAGAUGGAUUAUUUCAGUGCAAAAAGCUGCAAUGUUUACUUCUGGGACAUAACAGCCUGACAAGUUUGUCUCCUCGUGUCAGUCAACUGUUGAACCUUGUUCAGCUAGAGCUGAUUGGGAACUACCUUGAAUCGCUUCCUGCUGAACUAGAAGAAUGUCAGUCUCUGAAACGGAGUUGUCUAAUUGUAGAAGAAAGGUUGUUAAAAACACUUCCACUUUGUGUGAGAGAGAGCUUGCAGACAUGCUUGGAUAAAUGCUAAAUGAGAUGAGACUGUGUACAUCAACAAAUCCUUUAGGCCUUUGACUUACUAUCUGUGUAAAGAUAGGUGUAGGUGGAAAGAAGGAAAGAGAGGUAACAAAUCAUUUGCAAUUCAGGGCUAAAUCUACCCGUAUUGCCCUGAGUCAUCUUUAUAAGAAAAGGAAAAAAUUGCAUUUGUCUUAAGCAAACAAAAGUGUAGACUUAGCAGACAUACACAUUUGUGAAUAACCUGAUAUGUAAGUGAUUGGGUUCUACUGGCUGAUGUGCUUUCAGUAGUAAAUGUUUAUGGUCAUGAGUGUUGGGAUGGAAGAGUGGGUUGCUUGGCUGUAGAGUGUAUCUCUCAUUUUUUCAUGGAAAAAUUUAUUUCUUCUAAAAACAAUUUUAAAUGGCUUAAUCUGAUGUCAUAUUGGGAGCAGGGAUUACCUAGCUUUGUUUUUUCAGACAUAUACUCACCACUGACUUGGAGUAGCAUGUGUUAAGUUAGGAUAGUCCUAUUUAAAAUAACACAAUUAACUGGUUCAUCGUGCAUUCUGAAAAUCAUUUUACAAUGUACUUUUACAGUUUUCAUGUUUUUUUUCAUGUGACAAAAGUGUUUAAUGUUAAACUUGUAACUUUGGAAGAUGCCACUUGACAGUUUUUAUUAAAACAGUUGGACAAGUAUUCUACACACCUUCCACAACCCCACUUCAAUAUUUUGUGUGUUUAAAGUAGAAAAAUUGAGCUAAUUAAUUAUCUUGUUUGCCUAGUAGGUGGGAUUUAAAUAUAGCUUGUCUAAUUUUAAAAAUCAAUCUGAAGAACUCUAAGUAUUCAAGUAGCUACUGUUCAUGUAACAAAGGUACUUGCUUUGUUCACAUGUACUUAACUGAGACAACAUAAAUUGAUAAAUCCAUGGCAUAUACCUUCAUUUAUUGUAAUGGAAAAUGGAACACAGUGUAGUCAUGAAUUAUUUGAUGGGUUGUGGGGAUCCUAGGUGUUAGUGUGGUGUAUACUCUCAGUUGCCACUUAACCUACCAAUUAUUGGCUCCCUCAGUGUUCCCUCCCACUUUCCCCCGCCCAUUGCGGUGUUAAUGUACCGGUGAAAAAUUUUCAUAGAAGAUUAAUGGAUAGAGAGGGAAAGGUACAACCUUUUUUUUUUCUUUUUUUAAAUGAGGAGGGGGGAGCCCAUGCAGUUCAGAAGGGCUUGUAAAAACACCAUAAGCUUUCUCUCUUCUGCUAAGUGGUAUGUGUCUACAAGGUGUGAGCUGAAGGGCAGCUCUUACUACCCUUUCCUUUAUUUAAUAUACUCCAAACUGUAAGGAAAUUAAGUGGUUGCAGAUUUUAUAUAUUAUUUUCCUGUACACUUUGUUUCAUUACCUACUUCUAAGUCUGCUCUUCUGGAAUUUAUCAUCUCAGCUAAGAACUUUGGAUUUUUCCUGUUAUGGUAUGUAUAUACACACACACAACCUGUUAGCAUGCAUUCAGGGAACACUAUUCUAAUGUGUUAAAAUUCAAAUGUAGAAUGCAGGCUAAUGUAUGUUUAACCAGAUACAAUUACGUCUAACAAAAACACUAGAAACAUUGCCUUCUUAAGAUUCUUGAUGUUGAAUAAUAAUUGUAAUCCCUGGUUUGUCAUUAAAUCAUUAGAGGAUGAGUUAAUAUAUCUAGUUUAUUUCUGGUCACUCUUUGCUCUCAUUCACAAUGGCAUUGUCUUGGAGUUAAGGUUUACCUUUUAAUUUAUAAAUAAAAAAAAAAUCAUAUACUUAGAUUCUGAUCCCCUACAUAAAAAUAGGAGAUGGUUUCUUUAGCUGUCUAACAGGUUAAUAUGUAUUCAUCAUACAAAUUGCAUUCCAAAGACCUUUCUAAAUAAAACGUUCUUCUCAGGGAACCAAACAUAUGGAACUUCAUGAAUUUUUGCAUAGCUUUUCAAUCUUUUGUUUUUAGUAGGUGCUGUACUGAAUGAAAAUUUUUGUAUCAACUGAUCAAUCACAUCUAAAUGUUAAGCAGUAUUUCUGGAAUAGUAUCUUUUUGUAACUUCCAUUUCUAGUUUUUUCAAGUCAGAGUUCAAGAUAUAAUUUUCAUGUCUCAUGAUAGGUCCAAAGGUACUUGCAUAGUUCACAAACAGAGCUAGCCUUAUAAUACAACUACAUCAGAGCAGAACAACUUGUGCCAUUAUCGAUAGAGUUGAGUUAAUAAUUACAGUAUAAAUGCCAUGUCAGGACAAUUUUAAAAUCACUUUGUGCUGGAAUUUGAUGCACAAGAUUUUGGCCUACAAAGUACUUUAAAAAUUAUUAUUACAAAAGUGGAUUUUGUUUUUGGUAAAAGUUCUUUUAGUCUUAAGCUUUGUUUCCUUCCUUUGUUGAAAAGCAGUAUUGAUAUUUAAAAGAGCAUAAAGUUAAACAGAACUGUUUGCACCAGACAUUUAAAACAGUAUUUUUACAGCUUUUAGUUGUGUAAAUCCUUUUUCAUGAUUAGCACACUGACACAGCUUAACUAUGGCUUUGAUCUACUUAGUAUGCAUUUAUUUCAUCCAGAGUUUUUCCUUCCAAAGUGAAUUAGACAAAUAAGAAAAUAAUACUAGAGGCUGAUCCUGCAUUCUUAAAAUGUGCAUAAUUCCAAAAGAAGCUGGGGAAACUGUCUAAGAACUAUGGGAUUAGACCCAUAAAUACUGUUUCAUGGGUGGAGUCUGUUUUU